AAUCUAAGAUUUGUUUUGAUUUUUAAAUUGUUAUAUCUUUUGUGUUUGUGUAAUUUUAGUUGUACGAAGUUUAUAGAAAAGUUAAGUUUUGUUGUUCAAAAGUCUGUAAAGAAACACACAAAAUCGUAACAAAAAACAUUCAACUCAAUUAAACAUCAUAAUUAUAUACAUAGUUUUUCGUACAAAACUUUGUUCACGGAGCACUUAUACGAGUCUAAAAAUGCAUUUAUUAUAAACAGGUACAGCUUAACAUUAAACAGUGCUGUUAAAUCAUUAUUUACGAAGUCAAUCGAAGAAAAUACCCAAGACUAUUCUAACAAAAAUAUUGUGUUAAAUUCCAACUUCAUCAUUUACAUCAAAGACUACAGAAUGAACUCUUAAUAAUAGUGUUUUAUCGGAAUAAACUCUACCUAUUCUUCUUCAAUUUUAAAGUUCCAAAUUCAAUUUCGACACCAAGAUGGACGAGAACAGAACGGACUGGAAUCUGACGGAGCCGAGGAUAGGUCUCCGUUCUCCAGACCUGCUGGGGAACAGCAGUUCUGUGAACCUGCAAGGGAACUUCGAGAUUGAUCUAGAAGAUACAAACUGGAUAUUGACAUCGUCUUUCAUCAUAUUUACUAUGCAGACCGGUUUCGGCAUGUUGGAGUCUGGCUGUGUCUCGAUAAAAAACGAGGCAAACAUUAUGAUGAAGAAUUUGGCGGACAUCUCUCUUGGUGGCCUAACCUACUGGAUUUUCGGCUACGGCAUGUCAUUCGGACAGGGUCCGUAUUCGAACCCCGUGGUCGGCGUGGGGGACUUCCUGAUCGACCCACCGGUGGGCGACUCGCUCAUGGGGCCCGUUUUCGCCUCCUUCCUAUUUCAGCUGUCUUUCGCUACUACGGCUACCACCAUUGUCAGCGGAGCUAUGGCUGAAAGAUGCAAUUUCAAAGCCUACUGCCUCUUCUCAUUCUUGAACACAAUAGUAUACUGCGUUCCAGCGGGCUGGGUGUGGGGUUCCCAUGGGUUCCUGAGUCGACUAGGGGCCGUGGACAUCGCUGGAUCCGGCCCUGUGCAUCUUAUUGGUGGGUCAUCAGCCUUCGCUUCAGCACUCAUGCUCGGCCCCCGACUAGGUCGCUACGCGAAGGGCACCGCCCCGCUGCCGCUCGGCAACCCCGUCAACGCAGUGAUGGGCACCUUUGUGCUGUGGUGGGGCUGGCUCGCUUUCAACUCUGGGAGCACGUAUGGGGUGAGCGGUGCAAAAUGGCAGUACGCUGCGCGCGCGGCUGUCAUGACAAUGAUGGGCUCAUUCGGAGGCGGCUGCUUCGGCCUACUAUUCACUCUGAUCAAGAACAAGGGGAAGGCAGACGUAAUGGAGCUGAUAAACAGUGUCCUUGGUUCCCUGGUCUCCGUCACUGCGGGUUGUUUCCUUUACCGCGCAUGGGAGUCCAUCCUGAUUGGUCUAAUCGGUGCCGCUAUAGCCUGCGCCACCACGCCGCUAUUUGACAAACUGCGAGUUGACGAUCCAGUCGGAGCGUCCAGCGUCCAUGGUGCCUGCGGGCUUUGGGGGGUGUUGGCCGUGGGCCUGUUUGCCGAUAACCCAAUACCAAUGGAUACCACCAACGGGAGGUCGGGGCUGUUCAAAGGUGGCGGCUGGUAUCUCCUGGGCGUCCAGGCCCUCACAGGGGUCUGCCUCAUAGCUUGGGGGGUCAUAGUGACCAUGCUUCUGCUCUGGCUGAUCGACUGCGUGAUGCCCAUCCGCAUGGACCCGUAUGAGGAGCUGCUGGGCGCGGACCUCACGGAGCACAGGAUCCGACAUGGCCAGGUGGGGGUGUCUCGCGCUGUGUCCGCCCUGCGGCCCUACCAUCGCUCCAGCAGCAUUGAAGACGUCGGUGGCAUCGGCGUCAACACAGGUCACAGUCUUGUCGUCGACAAACUAUAUGAGGCUCAGUUACAAAAGAAGAAAAACCGAUUCAGCGGACUGCAGAUAUUCAAAAACAAUGCUUUUGAAGAAGACGAACCGAAGUCAAAAUUCAAAAACGAAGGUUUUCUGAACAAACGGAACGGUGACCCUGGAAACGAACUCCACAGAGCCAUAGAUUCCAUGGCCGAUGAACUAAAUGGGACUGCUUUUAAAAAAGGAAAAGUUUCUAAGGUAGUUCCAGAAGAAUUGAAAGGGAAGAAGUUUAAGGAAUUGUCUGUAACUGAGUUGGAGGGAUUAGGAGAAAUGAAUGCGAAUGAAGAUAGGUUUAGACAUAGGUUGACUGAAGAUAAUUAUAAUGAGGAUGUGAAGAGGGCUAAUAUGACUUGGAUAGAUUAAUUAGGUAAAUAUUAUUUAUUUAUUGAAUAGUGUAAAGUAAAAAUAGCGUACUUAAUACUUAAUUAAUAGUACUUGUUAGUAAUUACUAUAAAUAAAUAAAUAUUAUAGGAUAAUUUUACACAGAUCGACCUAGUCCCACAGUAAGCUCGAUAAGGCUUGUGUCAUUAGACGACGAUAUACAGUGUGGAAAGAUAAGUCGGGCCCUGGAGGGAAACUACCUUAAAUCCUUUAUUUGUAAAAAGAAACAAAACUGCAUUUAAAGAUUUUUAAAAAUUAGCUGGGCUCGACCGGGAAUCGGACCGAGUGAAACUUCCAAAAAAUAAACUCGCAAUUUUUUUCUACUAGUCGAUACAGUUAAUGCAUUAACUGUAUCGACUGUUAAUGAUAACAUUUCUCCAAGAAACAUUAGGUCUUACAAUCGUCUGUCGUACAAAAUAUCCAUAAAAUCGAAUAUUUAGUACUCAAGAAUAUUUUUAGACAAGCGAAAUUGAAGAAAAAAAGAAAAAUCUUUGAAUGCAGUUUUGUUUCUUUUUAGAAAUAAAGGAAUGUCUCCUUUAAGUAAAAUGAGCCAAGGAUUUAAGGUAGUUUCCCUCCAGGGCCCGACUUAUCUUUCCACUCUGUAUUAUUAUCUAAUAAGUAUAGACAUCAUUUUAUUGGUAAUGAAUGAUAAAUUAUAGGUCACGACUUACAUAUUAUCCAAUUAUUAUAAAUAAGACAUUAUACCUACACAUGUUAUUCAAAUGUUAUAAUUUAGUGAUUAUUCAUACCCAUUAUUGAAUGUUAUUUCUUUAUGUUUAAUAAAUUGUUUAUAACUGUA